AGUCUCUCGUUGUUCUGCUGUUGAGUUUGUUUCCGGUCUCUGGCACCAUUCACUUCCUUGGUUAUUUAUCAAUUUAAUGCCGGAUCGACUCAGCAUUGCUGUGUCGUUACCAGUAUAAUUUUUUACUUAUUGCGGUGGAGGAUUCGUCUUUGUAAUCUACUGCCAACAUGAAACUCGUACGAUUUUUGAUGAAGCUGAGCCAUGAAACUGUAACGAUAGAGUUGAAGAAUGGAACACAGGUACAUGGCACAAUCACAGGUGUGGAUGUAUGUAUGAACACUCAUCUCAAAGCCGUCAAAAUGACGUUAAAGAACCGUGAGCCUGUCCAGCUGGAGUCGCUGAGCAUUCGUGGAAACAACAUUCGCUACUUCAUUCUGCCAGACAGCUUGCCACUGGACACCCUGCUGGUGGACAUCGAACCCAAAGUCAAGUCCAAAAAGAGAGAAGCAGUUGCAGGGCGUGGUCGAGGCCGAGGCAGGGGUCGAGGCCGGGGGAGAGGCAGAGGGAGAGGCGGACCCAGGAGAUAAUUACAUGGCAGUUCAGCGACAGGCCCGCUAUCCGAUUCCAGCUAAUGUUGUUUGUACAGAUUUUUGUGUAUUUCACAAGAAAGUUUUGGAAACUACACUUUAUUUUUUUUUUUUGGUUUUUUUUUUUUAAUAAACAGGAUUACUGCUGAACUGUUGUAUGUCCCUUUUGUAUUAUAUUUUAUUUAAAUCUAAUUUAUGCUUGAAGUCUCGACUGUCUGCCCUUAUUCACAUGAGUACCCAGUUUUAAUGGCAAAAGUUUAAUAAGCACCCAUGCUCUCCAAAGCGUUACCACCCCAUUCAUUUUUUAUAUCUUAAAUUAUGUUACUCAAGUAAAACAAUUUCUUGCCCACAUGAAACA